UAAAAUGCCAACUCUCAAGUGCCAAUGAUUGCAGAAAAUAGCUAGAGUCGUUAUCAAUCGUUUUUUUUUUUUUUAGGUUGCUGUGUUCGUCUUGUUCCUUUCUAAACCUGAUCACACUGCGUCUGGUGUGGAGAGAGGAAUAGCAGAUCGUAGACAGUGGGAUAGGUGUGCAGUAGGAACAACAAGCCUUGGAUCGUGUGAGAUGUUUUUUUAAAUUCUUUGAAUCAAAUCAAACCAACAGCUUCAAUUGCUACCUGCAGAAGCAAACAAAACGGCUUUUCAUAGAAUAACAUACCAGACUUUGUUGGUUUGCAUCCUCUGGUUUUACCCGCACCCUUUCUGUUCUGAUACAAAACACAUCAGAGAAAAUGGCGGAACUUGAGAAGGAAGGACUGAACCAAACAAUGCAUGAGAACCAAGAUGAAGAUGAGCCCCAUUAUACUGAUGACUCUAAGACAAGCAAGAUUCAGGACGACGCAAUUUUCGAGGAAAAGCUAAUUGAAGAGGUCAGAAGGUACAACAAUUUGUACAACACCUCAUUGAAAGACUAUAAAGACUUCACAAUAACCAGCAACAGCUGGAAGGAGAUAGCCCAAACUCUGAGAGUAGAAGAACAGAUUUGCAGGACUAAAUGGAAGAAAUUGAGAGACAGAUAUGUCCGACUGAGGAGGAAAAUUAAGGGGAAGAGUGGGGAUACAGCAUCAGGAAUACAAACACAAAUACUCACCACACUGUCCUGGCUGUCUGGCUUCAUAAAACACAAGGAGACGAAGUCAGACUAUCCACAGGAAGAGGAGAUGGACACCUCAGAAGACCUGCAAGAUGACAACCUGAUCGAGCGGGAACACUUCCACAGUUCUAAUAAUGAGCAGCAAGAUGGACAUUUGGCAGUUAGGAGGAAUGUAAUAUUAGAACGAACUAAAUUCAACCAAAGACAACAAGAAGCAGGAGAGACAGCUGAUGAUUUUAUCACUGCACUUCAUUGUUUGUCACAACAUUGUGGUUAUGGAGGUCUGCUCAGUGAGAUGAUAAGAGACAGACUAGUUGCAGGCUUACUUGACAGGAGACUGUCCAAGCAAUUACAAAUGGACCCAGAACUCACACUGGAUAAAGCUGUCACACGCAUUCGUCAAACUGAAAUUGUGGAAAAGCAACAGGACCUGCAGGAGAAUACCUUCAAAGCUGCCAGCAGCACGGAAAAUGAAGACCGCGUGCUUUCAUGUAGAAAACAUCAAUGCCCAGCCAAUGUCCAGUGCCAAUCAGAGAAGAAUCAAAACUCAGAAAGACCACAACAACCCCAAACAACGCAGAAGAAUGCAGAAGAUCCCCUGGAUACUGAUGACACUGAUGGCUUCAGUACUGGAGGAGAGAAGCCUCACUACUGCGCCUACUGCGGUAGGCGCUUUCAAAAAGUGAGGGAUCUUAUAAGACACCAGCGAACGCAUACUGGAGAGAAACCUCACCACUGCCCUGAUUGCGACAGAAGUUUUGCUCGAUUAGAUAAGCUUAAAUUACACCAGCUAACACAUACCGGAGAGAAGCCUCACCACUGCCCUGAUUGCGACAGAAGUUUUGCUCGAUUAGAUAAGCUAAAGAUCCACCAAGAAAUACAUAUAGGAGUGAAGCCUCACAACUGCCCUGAUUGCAACAGAAAAUUUGCUCGAUUAGAUAAGCUUAAGUCACACCAAAAAAUACAUGCAAAAGACAAAAAUAUUUUUCAUUCCUCUGACUGUGUGAAAAGCUUUGUCUUAUUGGAGAAGCUUGAAAAACACCAGCUGGACAAUACCUUCAAAGCUACCAGCAGUGCAUCCAAUGUAGAUCGUGUGCGCACACAGCAGAGAACAUUCAGCAAAGUCAGAGAGAGUAAAAGGCAGCAGAGUAAAAUACGAGCUAGAGCUCCAGGAAAGAGAACACCAACACAUAGCAAAAAAAUGCAGGAGAAGGAAGAGGAGCCCCUAGAUACUGAUGACUCUGAUGAUUGGAUCGAGGGUUUCGGUCCUGGAGGAGAGAAGCCUCACUACUGCUUUGACUGCGGUAAGAGCUUUAGAAAAGUGAGGGAUCUUAUAAGACACCAGCGAACACAUACAGGAGAGAAGCCUCACCACUGCCCUGUUUGUGACAGAACUUUCGCUAGAUUAGACAAACUUAAAUUACACCAAGAAAUACAUACAGGAGUGAAGCCUCACCACUGCCCUGAUUGUGAGAGAAGUUUUGCUCGAUUAGAUAAUCUUAAAUUACACCAAAAAAUACAUAUAAAAGAGGAACAUAAUAUCACACUGAACCAUCAAACUGAAAUGAAUGUAGAUUGUGUGCGCACACAACAGAGAACAGCCAGCAGAGGCCGGCAGAAGAGUAAAAUGCGAGCUAGUGCACCAGGGGGAAAAAUGGGCCAGUCACAGCCAGGCAAAGACUCCCCUUACAAAAGUUCAGUUCGAAAGAAUCAACACUCAGAAAAACUGCGACUACCCCAAACAACGCAGGAGAAUGAAGAGGAUCCUGAAGAUACUUCUGAUAACUGGACAGAGAGUUUCAGUACUGUAGAGAAGCCAUACAUCUGCUCCGACUGCGGUAAGAGCUUCAGACUAGAGAAUCGUCUUAUAAGACAUCAGCGAACACAUACAGGAGAGAAGCCUUACGACUGCCCUGACUGUGACAAAAGUUUUGCCCGAUUAGAUCAUGUUAAGUCACACCAAAAAACACAUAUGAAGGAGGAACGUAAUUUCCGCUGCUCUGACUGUGUGAAAAGCUUUGUCCGAUUGGAACAGCUUGAAAAACAUCAGUUAACACACAAGAAAAGUUACCGCUGUUCAAAGUGUGAUGAAAGGUUUUCAGACCUGGUUAACUGGAAAGCACACUUUUUAGUACACAGAGAGAUCCUCCACUGUCCUGACUGUGACAAGCAGUUCUUGUACAAGGGACUUUUUGAAAGACACAGGAGAACACAUUUGAGAAAAAGAGAGAAAUUUCUCUGCACAAUAUGUGGAAAGGAGAUUCACAACUUUAAAAUACACAUGCGAGUACACACUGGAGAGAAACCAUAUCACUGCACUGAAUGUGGGAAGAGUUUUGCAUAUACAAAAUCGUACAAAACACAUAUAUUAACACAUACCUCUGGUGAAAGAGCAACCUAUCCUUGUUUGGAAUGUGGAAAGACUUUUACUCGCAUAGAUGGCAUGGUGAGACACGUGAGGAGGGUUCAUACUGGAGAGAGAAAUCAUCAGUGCGGAGACUGUGGAAAACGAUUCUUUCGAAAAGAGUCACUGAAGAGACACAGUCUUGUUCACACUGGAGAGAAACCAUACCAAUGCUCUGUCUGUGGGCAACGCUUCUCCCAAGAUGGCGACAGAAAACGCCACGAGAAGAGGCACUACUCUGGUGUCUCAGAGUUCCUCGAUCUAUAAUGCAGAAGUGGUGUUUGGUAUUGCAGGAACCCACCCAAUCAAUGUGAUUUCUAACCAGGUGGCCUGGAAUUGCCACCACAGACUGUAGAAAAUACACACAGACAGACUGUUGCUGAUACACAAGUCUGAGUAUUACUGUUUUUAUUGAAGUAUAUAUAUUUUUUCAAGUCUUAUUUUAAAUGUGUUUUAAUAUUUUGUUUCAACAAAAGCAUAGUAUAUUAUCAAUAGCGUUCAUUGUUAAAUAAUGGGCCUUCCCCAUUGGUGGUUUGCAGUCAGCUAUAUUGUAUUAAAGAUGCACAAUGCAGAAA